CUAGAUAAGCCUUUUUUUUAUUGUGAAAAUUGCAAGUGAUACUAAUUUUAGAAAACAGACGCCGAUUGGUGGACUCUUACUUUAAAGUGUACCGGAAGCGAGGGAAUCCUCUUUAAGUUCGCCCGCCCUCUGUCGAGCGCUUCAUUCACCGCUCAGAAGCGUCCUUGGUGGUACAAUCACUACUCGGCGUCCUAACCGCAGAAAACUAGGAAGAAGCGUCAAAAUGGUGAAGAUAUCUUUUCAGCAAGUAACUGCACAGAAGCUGGAAAAGGAGAACGAUGGAGACGAAGAGGAAAUUCACAUGCCCUACUCUCACCAGGAUGAGUUGGUGCUCCCGGUAAGAUCUAAGAAGUCUCCCUUUAGUGGCCUUUGGUGUGUCGUGCUCGGCUUGGUGAUCUUCCUGUCAGGCUUGAUCAUGGCGUCUGUAUGCCUGUACCGAUACUACUUCAGCCCGCAGAUCCCAGAGGACAGUUUGUUCCACUGUCGGGUGAUGUACGAGGACCCACUGUUCGCCCCAUUACUCGGAAGACAGGAGCUAGAGGAGAACGUCGGCAUCUUCCUGGAUGACAACUACGAGCAGAUCAGCGUGCCUGUGCCCGACUUCGGAAGCAGCGACCCGGCUGACAUCAUUCACGACUUUCACAGGGGACUCACAGCUUACUACGACAUUGCGUUGGAUAAGUGCUACGUUAUUGAACUCAACACAACAAUCGUCAUGCUGCCCAGGAACCUGUGGGAGCUGCUUGUCAAUGUCAAGCGGGGGAUGUAUUUGCCCCAGACCUACAUCAUUCAGGAAGAGAUGGUGGUGACGGGGCGUGUUAGGAACAUGCGUCAGCUGGGACCCUUCAUCCACCGGCUCUGUUACGGAAAAGAAACCUACAGACUGAGACGCCGUAGCGGCCAAAGACGUGUCGAUAAGAGGGAGACCAGGAACUGCCACAGCAUCCGGCACUUCGAGAACACGUUUGUCGUAGAGACAAAGAUUUGUGACCGACUCCUGCUGUAGUUUCCUUCCCUUCUCCUCAACUCUACUGAGCAAAACCAAAACUGACCCUUCCCCAUCUGUCCAGCUUAACAGCACUUUAUCAGCAUGACAAACCUGUACAUAAUGUUAGAUAAUGCCAUAUUUGUGUGUUUGUUGGUUCAAAUUUUCCAAGGAUAAACUGUAAUUACUUUUUUCACCCAAGUGUUUUUUUUUUUGUGUCUCUUUUUUGUCUGUCUAAAUUAGAUUUUGAUUUGCAUAUUCUGAAGCAAACUGUCUAGUUUGUAGUUUCAUUUCACUCUCGGGUUAUUUGUAUUUUAUUAAAUUUUUUCAGUUUUCUCAAAUACUGUGAGAUUAGUCUCAGACAUCUGGCAUGCGCUGACAAAUGGUUUGCAUUUUAGUUUUUUCUUCCUCUGUAAAGCCUCGGUUUGUGUAGACUGAUGGUUUCAUUUGUUCAUUAUUUUCUGUGUUAGCUAAGAAAUCCAGUAUUGGAAAAUUGUCUUCAAUGCCAAAAGAUGUAUACCUCAUAUUUUAGAAAUGUAUGACUUUAAGCCUGUUAUUUAAGUCAUAGCGUGAGUUUUUGAACGUGAUCUAAGCAAUAUAAGUUUUCUUAUCUUGGAUUUCCUAACUUGACAUCCAUUUGUUUGUAGUAUUGUUGGUUAUCUGAGCAGGUUAUCACUCUGUGUGUUGCUCUUUAAUACAUGUGAAUAAAGUUUGUAGAAAAAUGUGAGAAACUAGCCACCAGAUGUUGGUUUGAAAUGUUCCGUUAUCUCUAAGUGCAGUAUGUCUGUACUGAUAAGAACGGGCUGUUCUUUAAGUUGAAGGUGAAUUUUCUUAGGUACAGAAAUCUUUUACUUGCUGUUCCUAUUUUUUUUUUUUUAUGGUCCAUCCAUGACUAAUGGUAGAUCCUUAGACCUCAUCUGAGGUGGAAUCAUUUCAUUUUGCAUGCACUUUUUCUAAUUGUACCAUUUAUGUGUUUGACCCUCUUCCACAUACUGGUGUAGCAACAACUGGUUUUGUCUGGAAUAAACGAGGCGUUUGAUUUGAUGCACUCUAUUCUGCUGCUUUGUAAAUAAUAAUCACUUGUAAAAAUCCAUCAAUAAACUGU